CUUUAUUCCAUCUUCAGUCCACUUCUCGACCCGCAAACAUCAGCGAGCAAGGGGGCAAACAAGUUCAAGAUGGCGAACCUGUCCCUAUACACCAUCACUGCACUGUUGAUUCUUGAUUCCGAUGGUAACAGAGUACUCGCGAAAUACUAUGCGCCGCCGCAUCAGACCGCGUUGGGGACAGGUAUCACAGCGGAUUUGGGCGUCGGACCUGGCGGUCCCGGUAUGCCUGGACUUGGGAGCCUGAAAGAGCAACGAGCGUUUGAGAAGAAUGUGUUUGAGAAGAUCCGACGGGGAGGAGGCGAGAUACACCCUCUCCCACCCCACCUCAUCCUCACUCGUCAAUCCACCGACCUGACAUUCAUCCUCGUCGGACCACUCAAUUCUUCCAACGAAUUGAUGCUGCAUCUCACUCUGACGGCAUUCCACGAUGCCGUAUCGCUCCUGCUGAGAGGUCAAGUAGAGAAGCGGAACGUCUUAGAAGGUCUGGAUAUGGUCUUGCUCGCGGCGGAUGAGACGGUGGAUGAUGGUAUCGUUCUCGAAACGGACGCAGCUGCUAUUGCCGCUCGUGUGUCUCGACCCAAGGCCGAUACGACGGAUAUAGUAAUCAACGAACAGACUUUGAUGAGUGCUUACUCCACAUUGAAGGAGCGUGUUACCCAACGUAUUGGACAGCUAUAGAGCAGGGCUCUGGGGUACGGUGCGGAGGGUACUGAGGCCCCAUGGUGACGGGUCGGGUGCUGAGAGUAGAGGAGAGGCGAGGAGAGGAGGGGGAAGGAGAGAUAAAAUGACCUUUGCAGGAGCGAUUUUAGCUCAUGCACGACUUUUGCGACGACCUGUUCUGCAUUCUUGACAGCUCCAUCCUCGCUUGCAGCCUGUGCACCA